GAAAGUUACCUGUGGCCGCCCAAGUCCGCCACUUUCUGCUCUGUGUCUGCCCAUUGCCACGAUCCAGGAGGACUCCGCGCCGCCCGGCCGCCUCCGAGCUCGGGCCCCAUGUGAGGGGCCCUCCCUUAUCCCACCUUUCCGGCUAGGUGAGGGCGCGAGCGGGCGAGCGAGCGAGAGUGGUGAGGGGGGACGGAAAAGCAGAAUUACCUGUAGCUCUUGUUCUGCCAUCUCGGGCGCUCUCACACACCUUCACCUGCACAGACUUGAAAGUCCAGUUUCACCAGAGGCUGAGGCUCCAGGAAAAGGGGAGCGAGUUCAUUGGAUCAAACAUGUCACAAGAGUCGGACAACAAUAAGAGACUAGUGGCCUUAGUGCCCAUGCCCAGUGACCCUCCGUUCAAUACCCGAAGAGCCUACACCAGUGAGGAUGAAGCCUGGAAGUCAUACUUGGAGAAUCCCUUGACAGCAGCCACCAAGGCGAUGAUGAGCAUCAAUGGUGACGAGGACAGUGCUGCUGCCCUCGGCCUGCUCUACGACUACUACAAGGUUCCUCGAGACAAGAGGCUGCUGUCUGUAAGCAAAGCAAGUGACAGCCAAGAAGACCAGGAUAAAAGAAACUGUCUCGGCACCAGUGAAGCCCAGAGUAAUCUGAGUGGAGGAGAAAACCGAGUGCAGGUCCUAAAGACUGUUCCAGUGAACCUUUCCCUAAAUCAAGACCACCUGGAGAAUUCCAAGCGGGAACAGUACAGCGCCAGCGUCCCCGAGAGUCCGGCCAUCAUCCCCGUGUCGGGGAUCACCGUGGUGAAGGCUGAAGAUUUCACGCCGGUUUUCAUGGCCCCUCCUGUGCACUAUCCCCGGGGAGACGGGGAGGAGCAACGUGUGGUCAUCUUCGAACAGUCGCAGUACGACGUGCCCUCCAUGGCCGCGCACAGCGCCUACCUCAAGGACGACCAGCGCAGCACGCCCGACAGCACCUACAGCGAGGGCUUCAAGGACGCGGCCGCAGAGAAAUUUCGGAGUGCUUCAGUUGGGGCUGAGGAGUACAUGUAUGACCAGACAUCAAGUGGCACGUUUCAGUACACCCUGGAAGCCACCAAAUCUCUCCGUCAGAAGCAGGGGGAGGGCCCCAUGACCUACCUCAACAAAGGACAGUUCUAUGCUAUAACGCUCAGCGAGACUGGAGACAACAAAUGCUUCCGACACCCCAUCAGCAAAGUCAGGAGCGUGGUGAUGGUGGUCUUCAGUGAAGACAAAAACCGAGACGAGCAGCUUAAAUACUGGAAGUACUGGCACUCUCGGCAGCAUACGGCGAAGCAGAGGGUCCUUGACAUUGCUGAUUACAAGGAGAGCUUUAAUACGAUUGGAAACAUCGAAGAGAUUGCAUAUAAUGCUGUUUCCUUUACCUGGGAUGUGAAUGAAGAGGCCAAGAUUUUCAUCACCGUGAAUUGCCUGAGUACAGAUUUCUCCUCCCAAAAAGGGGUGAAAGGACUUCCCUUGAUGAUUCAGAUUGAUACAUACAGUUAUAACAAUCGUAGCAAUAAACCCAUUCAUAGAGCUUAUUGCCAGAUCAAGGUCUUCUGCGACAAAGGAGCAGAGAGAAAAAUCAGAGAUGAAGAGAGGAAACAGAACAGGAAGAAAGGGAAAGGCCAGGCCUCCCAAACCCAAUGCAACAACUCCUCUGAUGGGAAGUUGGCUGCCCUACCCUUACAGAAGAAGAGUGACAUCACCUACUUCAAAACCAUGCCCGAUCUGCACUCGCAGCCUGUUCUCUUCAUACCUGACGUUCACUUUGCAAACCUGCAGAGGACUGGACAGGUGUAUUACAACACGGAUGAUGAACGAGAAGGUGGCAGUGUCCUGGUUAAGCGGAUGUUCAGGCCCAUGGAAGAGGAGUUUGGUCCAGUGCCUUCCAAGCAGAUGAAAGAAGAAGGGAUGAAGCGAGUGCUGCUGUACGUGAGGAAGGAGACUGACGACGUGUUCGAUGCGCUGAUGUUGAAGUCGCCCACGGUGAAGGGGCUGAUGGAAGCGAUAUCCGAGAAAUAUGGGCUGCCCGUGGAGAAGAUAGCAAAGCUUUACAAGAAAAGCAAAAAAGGCAUUUUGGUGAACAUGGAUGACAACAUCAUCGAGCACUACUCGAAUGAGGACACCUUCAUCCUCAACAUGGAGAGCAUGGUGGAAGGCUUCAAGAUCACGCUCAUGGAAAUCUGAGCCCAGGGUUGGCACCCCCUUGGCAGGAGCUUGCAGUGCAUUCCUCCCUGGGAGAGACAGAGGCCCCAGACCCCGGAAACCCAUCUCACCCCUCUCACGACUGCUGUUACAAGACUGCACAGGCCCCACUGACCGCCAGUGUGCUUGGCCCAUCCACCAGCUCCUACCAUGGACCUGAAGCCUGAGCCCCUCGGGAAGAUGCCUUGGGCCUGGCGGAUUCUUAUUUAUUGCCCACCUUUUUCUAGAGCCCGGGGUCCAGGCCAGCCAGGACUCUGCAAGUCACUGCUGGCUCCAAGUGAGACCGUCCAGAGUUCUCCCUUCAGGAGAAACACUCCUCCCGAAGAGCCUGAAACAUUCUCAUCCCUUUUUCUCACCUCUCCACGUUCCCUGAGUGGCUGGACAAGAUGAGCUACUUUCCUGUGCAUUAGUCACAGGUGGGGUAAGAGGUGGACGCCCCCUACUGGUCAAAACCUUCAGGCUGCUCUGGAGAAGGUUGUCUUGCUAAAUACCUCCAGGGGUUCCCAGCGAGUGGCCACCAGGCCUUGAACAGGAAGACAUUCAGCUACCAUGUAAUUAGUAACUAACACAGGACGUAUGCCCGACUCGCAUGUACAUAGUGUUUAUAAUAUUGCAAUAAUAUAUUUCACCUGUGGUUCGGGGGCAUGUUUACUGCCCCUGGCCUAGGGGAGGCACAUACCGGGAGACUCCAUUUUCUACAAGGGGUUUCGGCCUCUGUGCCUGUUCAGGAGACAUGCUGCACAAGGGAAGGGCCUCUGGGGUGUCAGAUGGCUGCAACGGGUACCAAGAUGGACUGACUCUCCAGCGGGUAUGCCUGGGGACGCGUCCCCUGUCCCCAGAGGAAGCCUCCUUUCCCUCUCCAUGGGCACGACUCUCCCCAAGGCCGCCACAUUCGUAUCGUGAUGAUUUGCUUUGCUCGAUUCUUCCUUUGAGCUGUCGCGUGGGAAAGGUCAUGUUGUCUAGGCCCCGCUCCUUCUCAGCUUGGGUAUCAGGCCCCGCCUGAGCUUUCUAGAGAGCCUCUGUAGGGCUUCUGUCAUCAGGCGCUGUCGCUGGGGCCUGCUGCGGGGCUCCUUGGCUACCGUGAGGACCCUGGGCACUGUGUAGCGCCUCGCAGUUUACAAACAUGUCUUUCCUCUCAAGUGGCCCUUUA